ACUAUCAAAAUUUUACUUUAUUAAUUAUUAUGAAUGAUUUAUUUACUUAAAUAACAAAUAUGAUUAUUUAAUUUAAAAAAAAUUCUUAUUCCUACAAACGCAUUUAAUAAUUUUAUUGAUUGGGAAUGAAGCGACGAAGAAUGUCUGCUGAAUGUGAAAUGGAUCAUUCAUAUGCAAUGCCUAAUGUUAAUGAUAAUUCAAAUGCUCUAUUGAAAAAAAUUCAACAUGUCUAUGCCAAUAAACUAUUAAAUGAUAUUACCCUCGUUGUGGGUGGAAUAUCGUAUCCAGCUCAUCGCUUCAUGUUAUGUAUAUCCAGUGAUGUGUUUGAGACCAUGUUGAUGAACUCAACAUGGAGUGACUCACAUCAAGAAGUUAUUGAGCUACAAGAAGUGCCUCAGUGUAUCGAAGUAUUUCCAGUUUUUCUCCAAUAUUUUUAUACAGGUGUAAUAACGCUCGAACAAUCUAAUAUUAUGCCAAUGCUAGUGUUGGCUGAUAAGUAUAAUGUCAAGGAUCUUACAACACUAUGUGUUGAAUAUAUGUGUGAACAUAUAGCUGAUGCUGCUGACCAGGGUCAAUUAGUAACUUGGUUUCAAUAUGUGUUGUCAUUAAACCAACCAACUACAAUCAAUGCUUUAUAUUAUUGUAAAAUUUGGCAAGAUACUGAGUGUAUGGACAUUAAGCCACCAUGGAAUAAAUUACUCAAAGCUUGCAGAAAUUAUAUCAAAUGGAAUCUUGAUUCUUGUACAAAAUGUUUCAAUACAUUUCAAUGCGAUAUUCUUGUUGGGCUAUUGAAACAGUCUGAUCUUGUGGUACAUGAUGAAAUGCAGUUGUUUGGGUGUGUUGCAUCUUGGUUAAACUACCAGUCGGCAGAAAAACUACUUGAAUGUAAUGAUUCAGAUAUAAUUGAAGAUUACAUGAGUUCCUUAACAGAACAUGUUAUGUCAUAUAUUAGAUAUCCAAUGAUUCUUCCAAGACAGAUGGCCCAAUUAUUAAUGGUACCUGUUGUCAAACAGAAUAAAGACUUUUUUGUUGAUAAAAUGGCUGCAGCCAUGGAAUACAAUUUGAUUAAAAUGGAAAAACAGUCAGAUACUGAACAUGUAUUAGAAUGUACCCCAAGAUUGUACACUUGUGAACGAUGGGGAAAUUCUUUUAGAGUACGCACAAAAGCUAUCCAAAACUACCAAUCUAUAAAGCGAGAAAUUGUAACCUGUAGCAGUCUUUUUGACCGAGAACGAGAACUUAAUGAAGAAUCUAAUUGGGAAAUUGAAAUGUACUUGAAAGGUAUAUGUUUUGGCAAGGGAAUGUUGGUGUCUUGGCGUGGUCCGAUUGAAAUACCAGAAGUAAUAAUCAAAACUGUGCGUGCAACAAUUAAAAUGAAAUUACGACCGGAAAAUAUUGGAAAAGUUGCUCGUCAUGUUCGUGUCGCCAUUCUGGUAUACGCCGUUCAGAAUAAAAUUAUUCAUGUUGUGACUGUUGUACAAAAGGUUGUGUUGUUUGAUAAUAAUCAAAAUCUGAUAACUAUUGAUGAUUUGAUGGUGUAUGAUGCAGUGAACCAACCGACAACCAAUGAAGACUUAAUCCACAUAAAUGAUACUAAUGUUUCAUACUUUAUGUCUGACAGGAUUCCAUUAAAAUUCCAUGUUAUAAUUACUCCUAUUAUUCCUGGUUUGACUGAUACUCACGUUGGAACUAGAAUACAACAUGUGCACUUUUAAGUGAUUAUAAGACAAAGGAAUUGUAAUUUAAUGUAUAAAAGUUUUGUCUUUGUUUUAAAUGUUUCUGUGAUAAUGUUCUUUACCUAAUAUUGGUGAUAUUUUAUUUUGAUUAUGUAAAGGAUUCUGUUUUGUUUUUUGAACUAUUAAAAGUUAUGAUAGUUUAUUGAUAAA